AUGGAUCCGCCAGCAGACCCGCCAGUGCGCGCGUCAGCAAGCCCGCCGACAGACCCGCAAGCAGACCCGCCAGCAAGCAAGCCAACAGACCCGCGGACCCGCAAGCAGGAGAGCCAGCGGAUCCGCGAGCCCGCAAGCAAGCGAGCCGAUGGACCCGCCGUCGGACCCGCCGGCAGAACCCCACCGCCUGAACGCUCCCCGCCGUCCAUGCGCACCCUCGUCGCCCCCCCCACUACUGUGCCUGCCUGCUGUCGUGUUUGCGCAACAGUGGAAGGGGUGGGGGGGAAGGCGGCGAAAAUGGAGUCUCACCCGUGCUGUCCGUACCCGGUUGUGCCCCACCCGUUUCACCCGUGCGUCCCGUGCUUCCCGUGCUGCCCUCGUCCUUCCCGUGCUGCCCCGGUGUUCCCGUGCUGCCCCCGUGUUCCCGUGCUGCCCCUGCGUUCCCGUGCUGCCCCCCAUGUUCCCGUGCUGCCCCCGUGCUCCCGUGCUGCCCCGCUCUCCCCGUGCUGCCCCGUUCUGCCUGUGUCGUGCCCGUUCCCGUGCCGUGUUGCCCCGUUCAGCCCUUGUCCUGCCCCGUUCUGCCUGUGUUGCCCCGUUGUGCCCGUGUUGCCCCGUUCUGCCCGUGUUGCCCUGUUCAGCCCAUGUCCUGCCCCAUUCAGGCCGUGUCCUGCCCCGUUCUGCCCGUGUUGCCCCGUUCAGCCCGUGUCCUGCCCCAUUCUGCCCGUGUUGCCCCGUUCUGCCCGUGCUGCCCCGUUCUGCCCGUUUGUGCCCUACCCGUGCUGUCCGUACCCGUUCGUGCCCCACCCGUUCUGUCAGUUCUCGCUCGUGCUGCCCGUCACCCCCGUGCGGCCCGUCCCGUACAGCACCUAG